UCGGAUGCGACGACCGUCGCUGCCGCUCGUGACGCCGACCAGCGGGUACGGCCCGCUCAUGGACGAGCCGCCGGCGAAGCGCCCGCCCAAGAAGCGCUACAUGCACAACUGGGAAAACAUCUUUGGGCACCACUCGGCGCGCUGGUCCGUGAGCAGCGUGCUCGGCCUCGUCCAGAAGGAAGGCAAGACCGUCGCCUUCCUCGUCCUCCUCGGCGCCUCGGUCUCGGUGCUCGACUAUGGCAUCAACGAGGCCAUCGUUGGCCUCAAGUGGCUCCAGACGGAGUUUGUCGCGACGAUCGUACGCGCAGCGCCAUCGACGCCAGCCAACGACUGGGGCGUGCCAUUGGCGGCGACGCUCGUCUGGAGCGCCGCCUUUGCUAGCGUCUCGGUGGGCUGGACGCGGUUCGUCGAUCCCAUGGCAGCGGGCUCGGGCAUUCCCGAGAUCAAGACGAUCUUAUCGGCCGACUCGUGCCAGGAUCCCGGCCGGUACCUGCGCAGCCGCACGCUCUUCUCCAAGUCGCUUGGGCUUGCGACGGCGCAAGCCAGCGGUCUCUCGGUCGGGAAGGAAGGGCCGUUUGUGCAUACGGCGUGCAUUCUCUCGCACCAGUUUAUGAAGCACAUUGGCGUCUUUGAGCGCCUCUACCGCAACAAGUCGCUGCACCGGCACAUGUACAACGCCGCGUGCGCGGUCGGCGUCGCAUCGACGUUUGGCGCACCCAUCGGCGGCGUCCUCUUCUCGAUUGAAGUCACGAGCUCCUUCUUUUUGCUCACCAACUACUGGCGGGCGUUUGUCGCUGCGGUCAGCGGGGCCAUCACCAAGCAGGUGCUCGACUACAUCACGCGUGGGCACCACGCCGGUUUGCAUUCGUUCCAAGCCCUGUACCCGACGAGCUACCUCGACACGUCGUUUCAGCAGCGCGAGCUCGUCGCCUUUGCGUGCCUCGGCCUCUGCAUGGGCCUCGCCGGCGCAGCCUACGUUCAUGGCGCUGCAUACGUGCGCCUGCGCUUCGCACCGCUCAACAAGUCGUGGCCGCUGCUCUGGGGAUCGUUUGUUGCCAUGGUGGUCGCGGUCAUCGUGUACUGUCCCGGUCGGUUUCUCGGUCUUGGCAUCUCGGACGCGCUUGGCGCGUUAACGAGCCCGGAUGCGUUGCCGUCCGUGUGGUGGUACGGAGACCACCCAUUCGGUCCGCUCGCAAUUUACUUUGUUGCCCGCCUUCUUAUCACGAUGCUCUCGGUGGCGCUGCCGGUGCCGUCCGGGGACUUUAUACCGCUCUUCUCGGCCGGCGCGGCGUUCGGACGGCUUUACGGCGAGGUCCUCGUCGACUGGUUUCCGAGUAUCCCGGUGGUACCCGGUGGGUACGCGCUCGUCGGUGGCGCAUCGCUCGUCGCGGCGUCGACGCAAACGAUUUCGGUUGCCGUCAUCGCGCUCGAGCUCACGGGGCAGUUUAUCUACUUUACGCCCCUCUUCCUCGCUGUCCUCAUCUCGUGCGGCCUGAGCAAAGGCUUGAGCGUCUCGAUUUACGACAGUGCCAUCAUCUCCAAGGGACUGCCGUACCUUCCAAUGCUGCGCUGCAACGAACUGCGCACCGAGCGCAUCGUCGCCCGCGAUGUCAUGAUGAACGACGUGCCUUGCCUUGCUAACAGCACGACGAUGGCCGAAAUCGCCGACUUUUUGGCCACGCACCCGCGCUCCAGUGUCCCGAUCGUCCAUGAGGGACGCCUCUUUGCCGGCUGCGUGAGUCGCGACGAGCUCGAGGCGCUACUGGCGUCGUCGCCCGAGCUGUCGACGGACCCGGUCGAGCUAGCAUCGGUGCUUGAAGUCAGCGGCAACGUGCUCAAGAUCGACGAAGACACGCCGCUCGAGACCAUCCACCUCGUGUUUGAGAUGCUCAAGUGCAGCAAGCUCUUUGUGACGAGGUUCGGCGUCCUCCAAGGCGUCGUGACCCGGUCCUCGAUGCACACGCGACUGGCGUACCUCGGAGGCGUCGACCGCAGUGCGACCACGAUCGUUCCCCGCGAUGACAUUGUGUGCUAGCACUCGUGCCUUCUCUUGAAGGCUCGCUACUUGCCGGAUUGAUGCAUUCAUAUUGCGUUAAAACUCAUUUCUUAUACCAAA